AUGUUCAACGUCCCUUGGAAAAUCUAUCUCUGCAUUUUGGUUUUGAGAAUGAUUGAAGGAGAUCGACAGAUUGUUGCAGUAGAAGCUUAUUCAACUGCAGAAGAAGCACAGGCUGAAGAUGCUUUUCCAGCCCCUCAACUCGGUGGCACACAGUUAGCAAACCCUUCUCAGUCUCCUGAAUCGAAAAAAUCUGAUGGCAUCUCGGAGCCUGAAAAGGUCACCAGCCAUGUGCUGCUUCGAAGGAAGCGAUCCAUUCUGUUUCCCGGAGUUAAGAUCUGCCCUGAUGAAUCUGUUGAGCAGGCUAUUGCCAACCAUCUGAAAUACUUCAGGCUCAGAGUGUGUCAGGAAACGGUCUGGGAAGUCUUCAAGACAUUCUGGGAUAGACUACCGGAGCGUGAAGAAUAUCAGACCUGGAUGAGCCUGUGCGAGGAAGGAACAGUGAGUCCUCUUGAAAUAGGCACCAACUUCAGUCAAUCAGAAGAGCACCGGAGUCUGAUUGUGAAGAAACUGUCCUAUACAAAGGAGGCGAUGGGUGGCUCCUGCACUGAUUGGUCAUGUGGUAGUACUGGGACUCCAACUCCAGCUUCAACUACUGAUGUUACCACAUUGAGAGACGCCGCUGCUAAUGUUCCUCCUGCUCAUGGAGUCUCCGUUGAGAGUCCUUCAGGCAGUACCAUCCGUGAUACUCAAGAUGCAGACAUUGCUAUCAACAAUGAGAUAAAGAAGGAGGAUGAGCAGCUACUGAAACCUAUAACAGAGCAGAUUGUUGAGUUCAGCAUUGUGAUUGUUGGAGAGAAGUACAGUGAGGAGCUGAGCGACCCAGCCACCAUGAAACAUCAGCUGCUCUCAGAACAAUUCGUUGCCCAGAUCCAAAAGGCUUUUGAAGGAUUACCUGGUUACAAAAGUGUCCAUGUGCUGGAAUACAGCUCUCCUGAGGAAGACAGUGGAGUAGAAGUCCACUAUGCUGUUACAUUUGAUGGAAAAGCCAUCAGCAAUGUGACCUGGGACCUGAUUAACCUUCAUUUCAACAAGGUGGAGGACAACUCCUUUAUGGGCAUAGAGGAUAAUCCAACAGUUGUUUAUACCAUCAGUGAUUUUCAAGAUUAUAUUGCUGAAGUCCUCCAGAAAAAUGCCUUGCUUGAAAAUGCUUCCUUGACUUUGGAUCCUAACUCUCUCCAACUUAUUAAUAUGAAGGAAAUUGCACAGCCUGCAGCAGAAGACCCAUCCUGGAUUACUGAGCAUCCUAUUGUGCUGGAGCGCCCGGAGUUUGAUGAUAACGCCUUUGUGGCUGAAUGGCCUUCAGCAGAUGAAUCAACUGCCACCAAUACCUUGCCGUUCGACUUCACCAAACCAGAUCUCACUUUAGGUAGUGAACAGUCCAAUGAUAAUGAAAUCCGACCAAAGCCUGAAGAUCUGGACUCUGAGGUCAGUUUGACACCUGAAGCUCCACUCUCCCCAGAGGCUGAUGUCACUUCUUUGCCCGAUGGGCUGAAUUUAGAGGAAGGGAAUCAGACUCCAUCAGUAUUAGAGCACGAUUCUGUGGACUCUCUGGAAUGGCUUUCAGUCCCGGACUCUUUAGAUGGGUUUGAAGAUACUGGACUAUCUGAAGAUUCUUUUCUGCCUUCAAGUGUCCCUUCUCACCUUGUGCCAAAGAAACCUUCAUCCACAGAUGAUCAUGUAGUUCCUCUGCUUUCUGCACCAACAAUGGCCUCUUUAUCAGUCACAGAGACUAAUACUGAAGGAACGGUAUCUACUGAGAAGGAAGAAGUAGCUAAGGGUGGUGCUACAGGCAAUAAUAAUGCAGACUUUGAGUCUGUGAAAGAAGUUCCUUUUCCCUUAGAAGCAGAACCUAUAGAAAGUAAAACGGAUGUGUACCUUGGAGAUAGAAUUAUAAAUGAUGAUGGGUCUGGUUCAGCUUUUGAUGGUUCAGGAAAAGAAAUGGAGUCAAAUACUUGGCCCUGGGGAGUAGCAACACUGGAACCAGUUUUCUACCCUGGUCCUGACAGCUGGCUUGAUGAUGACAAUGAGUCUCUGUUAAUCAGAACUGAAGAUAUUCCUGAAGGCCUGAUUUUAGAUUAUAUUCUUAACUCCGGGAAGAAAUUAGAUGAUGAUCCUUCAGCAAAUGAGAAUGAAGGUAUGACCAAUACCAAUAUAGGGGAAGACUUCUUGGAUGAGUCUGAAAUGUUUGUCUUUCCAGAGACUACGACUCAGCCUGUACCUCUGUUACAGACAGGAGAGCCAUCAUCUAUGGAAUAUUCUACACAAAUGGGAAGAGAGGCCAAGUAUGAUUCUUCUUUUGUUAAACUGUCCUUUGAUUUAGAGCCUUCAGUGAAUUAUUCCUCUGUAGACAUGCCAGCAGGAGAGGCCCCUGUCUCACCGCAGGGUACAGAUAUGUCUGUAGAAGAAAAUCUUGUAUCUACAGGGACCCACAGUGUGGAACAGCCUGAAGAGUUCAUUGUGGGUCAUAAGAUUAUUUCUGAAGCAACUGAACAUCAAAAUGAGGACAGGCCAGUGUUGGAAGAAUUAUCCACAGCAGGGCAGCUGGAUGUAGCUGAGGCUGUUACAAUACUCCAGUUGGACACAAGCUCUUCAGAAACUAUAUUGACUGUAGAUUCUUUUGCAGUAAAUACUGAUACUUCUACAAAAGAGCAACAAACCCUAGAUUCACCCUUGACAGAUCAAGAAGCUACUGGAUCAAUGAUAAAGAAACCAGCUGACAUUUGGCCUACUGACAGAGCACUGGAGAAGACAGUAGAUCACAAAGUGGAAUCAGUAAUACCAACUGUAGUUCCUUCUAUUGAUCAGACCACUAUUUUAGAGGACUUCACUGGACAGGGUGAUAUGGACCAUGGCACAUAUGUUUCCAGUAGCAUUAGCACUGCUAUGAACUUGUAUGCAACAGUGAGAGUAACAACAGAUACUGUUGAGCUUCCAUCCCAUUUCCCUCCUACAAGAUCAGUGGUGUCACCAUCUAUGGCUACCUCAACAAAUCUGGAAGAUGAAAAAGCAACAAUCUUGGAUAUUUCAGUGGAGCUGAAUCAUGUGAGCAGUGUCCACUCUUCUCCUGACCUGAAUGAGGGAAGGAGCAUGACUGAGAGUCACGUAGAGCUCACAACAAAUGUCCAAUCCACAGAGAUGGCCAGUGUGGCUUGGCCCACUCAUGAAAAUCACAAUAGUACUCCAGUCCCGUCACGAGCUCUAGUGGUGUUCUUCAGUCUUCGGGUUACCAACAUGAUGUUUUCAGAGGACCUGUUUAAUAAAAAUUCUCCUGAAUAUAAAGCAUUAGAGCAGCGAUUCUUGGAACUGCUGGUCCCCUACCUUCAGUCAAAUCUAACAGGCUUCCAGAAUCUGGAAAUCCUGAAUUUCAGAAAUGGCAGCAUUGUGGUGAACAGCCGAAUGAAAUUUGCCAAACCUGUGCCUCGGAACGUCACCAACGCCGUGUACAUGAUCCUGGAAGACUUCUGCAACACUGCAUAUCAUACCAUGAAUCUGGCCAUUGAUAAGUACUCCCUGGAUGUGGAAUCGGGCGAUCAAGCAGAUCCUUGCAAAUUCCAAGCCUGCAAUGAGUUCUCCGAAUGCUUAGUAAACCGCUGGAGUGGGGAAGCGGAGUGCGUCUGCUAUCCUGGCUACCUAAGCAUUGAUGGGCUGCCGUGCAACAGCGUUUGUGAUCUGCAACCCAACUUCUGCCUGAAUGAUGGGAAGUGUGACAUAAGCCCUGGACAAGGGGCUAUAUGUAGAUGUCGUGUAGGAGAGAACUGGUGGUACAGAGGGGAGCACUGUGAAGAGUAUGUGUCUGAACCACUCGUUGUGGGUAUUGCAAUUGCUUCGGUGGCAGGAUUCCUUCUUGUGGCAUCUGCUGUAAUCUUCUUUCUAGCCAGGACCCUUCGAGACCAGUACUCGAAGAGUGACACUGAGGACUCACUGGGGCAGGGUGACAGCCUCUCAUCCAUUGAGAAUGCAGUUAAAUACAACCCCAUGUAUGAAAGCGAUACCACUGGCUACAGCCACUAUUAUCGGAGAUACCCCCAGCUGACAUCCUACAGUUCAACCAGUGCAGAGACAUCUGCUGAGUACAGCAGUGAAGAGAUAAGGCAUAUUUAUGAAAACAGCGAGCUUACUAAGGAGGAAAUUCAAGACAGAAUUCGAAUUAUAGAGCUGUAUGCUAAAGACCGUCAGUUUGCAGAGUUUGUCAGGCAGCAUCAAAUGAAGCUGCUUUAAGAAAAAAAAAGAAGUCAGUAGAAAGCAUGUGGGAGAUAAAGACU